GCCUGAGUGUCCCCGAGGAGGCCACUCAGAACUUACAUCUGCCAGGCCAUGGGCUGCUACCUGCUGCUGCUGCUGCUGCUCCUGGGACUGGCAGGUCAGGGCUCAGCUGCCAGCCAUCCCGAGGUGCUACAGGCACCCGUGGGGUCAUCCAUUCAGGUGCAGUGUCACUACAGGCUCCAGGAUGUGAGGGCACGGAAGGUGUGGUGCCGGUUCUCGCAGGAAGCCUGCCGGCCACUGGUGACCUCAGCUGUGGACCGAAGAUACCCAGGAAGUGGGCGCAUAUUCCUCACUGAUCUGGGUGGGGGGCUCCUGCAGGUGGCUAUGGUGACCCUGCAGGAGGAGGACACCGGGGAGUAUGGCUGCGUGGUGGAGGGAGCCGCGGGGCCCCAGACCCUGCAUCGGGUCUCCCUGCUGGUGCUCCCCCAAGUUCCUGGCCCAGGAGAAGAGAAGGAAGUAGAGGAAAAGACGGAAAGCUAUAGGACCGGAAGUCUGCCAAAGGAGCCCUCCCUGGACCCUGCGGGGAGCGCUAGUCCCCACGAGUUCCGAAGGCAUGGGAACAGUGUGCCCCUGAUCUGGGGUGCCAUACUUCUGCUGGGCCUGCUGGUGGUUGCUGUUGUCCUGUUUGCUGUGAUGGCCAGAAGGAAAGGGAGCAGGUUUGGUGUCUGCGGCCGGUCCCAGUGCAGUGGAGCUUCAGGCAUGGAACCCUCCUCGGCAGCCCACCACAGCAGUGACUCAGGACUGGCUGCCGGGCUGCCCACCGACAUACCAUAUGUGAGGCUAGACUCACCGCCUGCCUUUGACACCACCUACCCAGGCUUCCCUCUUGAUCCUCCAACAAGGAAACCCCCAGCCCCGCCCCUACAGCCCCCUCUGCCUCCUAAGGUUCUGGUGCUACCCAAGCCUGCGACUUAUGCCACAGUGGUCUUCCCAGGAGGGGACAAAGGCGAAGGGGCCUCCCGUGAGGCCUCUGGGGAAUCUCCCAACAGUGAACCCCCACCCAGCUAACUAAUACACCUCCCUUUGUACUCCCGGGAUCACCCUUGGGGCAUUCUCUGUAGCUAUCCAACACACCCAGGGUAUGUGAGCAAAUGGUGGCUUGGGGACCCCGCUUAGGAUCUCGGCUUGGUGCACAUGGGAAGUGGUGCUCAGAUGUGAUUGAGGUGUUUGGAGAAGAACUCUGCCCGCCACUUCUUGGUUCUGGUUCUGCUGCCAUUACGUACUAGGCUAAAUAAACCCUGAUGAUGUGUGAA